CAAGAUCAGAUCAAACACAUUCUUCAGGAUGUGAGUUGCUUAAUGGACCUCUCUAUUGAGCAUAUUAAUAGGCUGAGGGGCGUUACUGAAGCCCCUUUUGCAAUUGACAAGUUUCAAGUCUCUAUGGCCGAUUAUUGUGAGUGGUUGAGCAUAUUAGGUGAUGACAUUCGCGGUAUCGAGCUAGAUGGUCAAAGACAGCGCCUUGUGUUUAAAGAAUGUCCAGGAGCAAUGCAUGAAAUUGCUGUUGACGUAGUUCGUGAGUUUCUUUUACAACCACUGCGAGAUAGGUUGAACGCUGUAACUCAAUCACACCAUAGCUUAAUGGGAAGCAAAAUGACUCUUCUUUAUAAUGGACACGAUUCUUCUUUCAAACUGCCUGAUGCAUCUCUUAAGCAUUCAGAAUCUGACCCGCCUAUUGUGGUGCUUGAGGAUGCUUUUGCUGAAACAACCAGGGAUCUUAUCAACGACGCACGAAGAUGGUUAGCAGGAGGUAGU